AUGGCGCCCCCACCGCUCCACCUCCCGCCCUACUUAGCCCCCACCUGGCCCUCCGGGCGCCCCCGUCCCGCGCCAUCAUUGAGAUCACCGUCCUCGCUCCACCCCUUCUCCGACCUCCUCACCGAGGCGCUCGGGGCCGAGAGCUUAGACCCCGACGACGUCGCCAUGGACGACGACGCCGCGGUCGAAGGCUGGGCCCAGUCUUGCAAGAGGCAGCAACACCACCUCCAGGAAGUCGACGACGAAGCCGACCAAGGGUUCGUGAUGCCGAGGCGGACGAGGAGCGGGAGGGCGUUCCCGCCGCCGAUAUCGGUGAUCGGCAAGGGCGGGCGGCCGUGGCUGACCCUCCGGGCGCACCGGGAGGACGGCCGGCUCGUGCUGCGGGAGAUGCGGCUGCCAUCGCAGGAGCUGCUCCAGUCAUGCAAGGAGGACGGGAGGUUCAAGCUGUUCAUGCACCCGGAGGCCGGUGGCCGAUGCGUCGCCGGCGCCGCGGGAUCACGCGCCACGACGGCCGUGGCGCAGGACUAGGAAAUCAAGCGCACUUUGAGGAGCCGAUCGACCAGAUUGAUCUGUAAAUUAGUGCCUCUGUGACAUCAUUCGAGUUCUUCCUCUCCUUCCGUUAACGUUGGUCGUGAUAAAUCUUGCCUUUCCCGUACUGGAACAAUCGCAGCAAAUCA